UAUCUUCUUAACUGUCACUGUCAACCUUGCUCUAAAAGAAUUUUGUUGCAGUCAUUAAAAUUGGAAAGCAUUUGUUGAAUCAUACCGAGCAUUUCGAUAAUCGGCGUAUAAUUUUGAUGUAAAACAUUAAUUUUUUACUGUGAUAUGAAAAUAAUCUAAUAUUGUACAGUUCAUUGAUAAUUUCUAAAAUGAGUACAACCGAGGUUAAACCAAACGGGGCUCCCUCAUCAGGGUCACUGGAAACGACUGCCAGUGGAGAUCAAUCAAGCGGGCCUACAGCCGCAGAGCUUCGACAACCUUCCAAGCUCGAAUCAUUUCUCGCAAUACUUAAAUCGCUAUUCAUUCGAGCAAUAAUCAUGUACUUCGUAUUCUCGUUUUUCAAAGCACCUCAGCCCCAAAAAGUCAACGAAAAAGGCGUUAAAGUAACUCCUAUAACGGCCAGAAAUAUAUUCCCGGAUGGUACGACAAUGAAUUUAUAUAUUUAUUUAUCAGAAAACGAAACGAUGGACAAUUACAGCGAUGCCAAUGUAUUUUGGCAAAAACGAGGACUCAAAUACGGGGAUUGGACAUCCGGGAUAGACAAUGAUGGUUGUUAUACUUUCGAAAAGGAAGUUCCUAUUACUGAUAACAUGAGAAAUAAUGGUACUUUGUUUAUGCAUGCGUAUUUGGUGAAAUCUGGAUACAGUCCGGAUCCUUCUGCAGAAAACUACGCCCGGAAUGAAAUGACUUCUGUCAUGAAACAAUUAAAUAGAUACAAGCGAUUGAAAUCGUCCGGCACCAAAAACCUCCUAACCGGUGAAAGCGAGAAACUAGAGGUGGAAGAUGGCAAAAUCGUCUCCCAUUGGCAUCCGAACUUCACCCUAAAUCUAGUCACGGACCAAACGUUGUGGACCCAGGGCGCAGUACCGGUCCCAUUGGACCAGUACAUUAAAUUCGCCGAUGAAGGGGCGUUUUACAAACCCGUAUUGUUCGCCAACGAUUUCUGGAACAUGGCGCGAGACUACGCUCCAUUGAACGAUACAUAUACGUUACGAUUAACAUUCCAGCCGUUGAGUUUGUUCAAAUGGCAAUUGUACGCUACUCAGCACAUGCGGCAAAUGUGGAACGUUUGGGGAGACAACGAAGCGGGCCAAAGCGAUGAAGAACAAGAUACUCUAAAAGAAACUCUAUUAGACACGAAUCCUUACCUUCUGGGAAUCACCGUGUUGGUAUCCAUCGUGCAUUCGGUGUUUGAGCUACUGGCGUUCAAAAACGACAUUCAAUUCUGGAACAACAGGAAUUCCUUGGAAGGUUUAUCGGUUAGAUCGGUAUUUUUCGGCGUAUUCCAAUCGAUGGUGGUGCUUUUGUACGUUUUGGAUAACGAAACAAACACUCUUAUCAGGAUUUCCUGCUUCGCCAGUGUCGGUAUAGAAUGCUGGAAAAUAUGGAAGGUGGUCGAUAUAAAAUUCGAAAACGGCAGGUUAACGUUUAAGGACAAAAGCUCCUACGUCGAAUCCAGCACCAAAGUUUACGAUAAGUUAGCGUUUAAGUAUCUAUCGUGGGUGUGCUUCCCUCUGCUGGUGGCUUACAGUGUUUACGCCCUUGUUUAUAUGGAGCACAAGGGUUGGUACUCGUUUGUGCUGGACUUGCUCUACGGAUAUUUGCUGACCUUCGGUUUCAUCAUGAUGACGCCUCAAUUGUUCAUCAACUACAAGUUGAAAUCGGUGGCGCAUUUGCCUUGGAGAAUGUUGACGUACAAAUUCUUGAACACUUUCAUCGACGACAUGUUCGCUUUCGUUAUCAAAAUGCCGACGAUGUAUAGAAUAGGUUGUUUCAGAGAUGACAUAGUGUUUUUGAUAUAUUUGUAUCAACGCUACAUUUACCCGGUUGAUAAGAGCAGGGUGAACGAGUACGGUUACUCUGCGGAGCAGGAGGAGAAACGGAAUAAUGCAGCUAUCGAGGAAAGCCCGCAAGGCGCUGUAGAAGCGAAAAAGGAUAAAUAGGUUGUUUCAUUGCUACGUUAGUAAAUUAAUGUCUGUAAAUUAGGAAUAAGAAAUUGUUAUUGUUUAAAUUUAUUGUAUUGAAUGUACGAUUAUAAAAUACAUGUAAUGAUGGUAUAGUGUUCGACUCAUUUUACAAUAGGCAUCAAUUCGAGUGCAGCCUGUAACUUAUAGUCAUUUGGCAAAUGAAAUUUGCCAGUAUCUCGUUGAGUUGAAUAAUAUACUUUAUCUACGACGAUAACAGCUGAGAAACCGUUUUCCAGAUAUCAUGUAAUUUUAAACACAAAUAAAAUGCAUAUUAAAUAAAAAAAAAUCAGUUCGCUUGUUUGGGC